UGAACUUUCAUCUGACAAAACACAGCAAAAGAAGAAAAUCCUCACGAGCAAUAGAAACAUUGCUAUGUAGAGCCUUAUUUUCAACAUCUAUAAACUUUUUAACCUAUAAAUUAACUUGAAAUUCCAAGAGCCCCCAGGCGGAGGCACUGCAAGCAAAAAAACAACAACAUAUUUAUCAGCAAGAACAAUAACAGCAGUGCUUACAAUGGACGAUCUGGAAAAUGAGCUUUGGUAUCCCGUACAGUCUCCUGUACUGUUUGAUGAGCACAACGAUUCAUCAGAGAACACUGUGACAAAAAAGCAGAAAGAAUCAGAGCUUCCACUGGCAGAGGCAUUUGUUGUUGAGACAGCGAAGGAAACAGGGUUCCAUCGGACCACAAGGCUUUGUCUCGAGAGAAUCAGAGAGGCGAUGCUGCAUCACAGAUGGCAGGAGGCUGCAGAAUAUAUGGCAUGUUACCCCCAACAGUUGGAGGACACAACUGCUGGCCCUGGAAAGCACUACAAAGAGAUGAUUUGGAGAAUUACUAUUGAAAUCCUUCAUCAUCACCCUAACUCAAAGAUGGAGGACUAUAAUAUAAUUUAUGAGCAAAUGAAACAUUCAGGAUUCAAACAUUACCUGAUGAUCUGCUUGGAACAUUCCUUCCACCUGCUUCUCCACGGUCAAAUUGAGAAUGCAAACCGUCACCUCUCCAUCGCUGAAAGUUGGAGGCAUGGUCAAGAGACCGCACAUCAGUAUCAGAGGAGUAAAUUGAUCCAGGCCUACAGUGGUUUGCUGGAUUACAUAAUCUGGUGCAACAAGAAAAAUGCACCCACCAAGACGAGUUCGACAAACGUUGGAAGCAACCAAGACAUGCACUAUGACUUUAGACAGGCUUCUGUCAAUCUGAAGGAGAUUUUAAAAUAUCCUGGUGUCUGGGAUCCCUUCAUACUGAGUUACGUCGAGAUGCUCGAAUUCUAUGACGCUCAUGAUGAAGCCAAGAAAGUCUUGGAAGAGUAUGCAUUUGACAGCAUGUUCCCUUCAAAUCCAAACGCACAUGUCUAUCUUUACCAGUACUUGCAGAGACACAAUGCACCAGCGAGAAGAUUGAUGAAAGUUUUAAAGGUCCUCCAUUAUUUAGUUCCAAGCCAUGAGCUGAUGUUAGACUACAGUUCCUUCCUGCUUCUCUCAGAGAAACCAGGAGACAUAAAGAAAGCUCUUGGGGUUCUCCUUGACAUGCUUGACUAUGCCUGCUGGAGGACGAGCAUGGAUGCGUGGAAGUGUUUAAAAGACGUUAUUGACAAAUUACAGUUACAGGACGACUGGAAGGAGGUUGUUGCUGAGCAGAUGACAGCGAGAAAAGAGUGGUGGCCCGCAAUGCACUUCACAAUGUUCCACGCAAGUGAGGAUGCUGUUCAAAGACCCCAACUGAUGGAAGUGAAGGCAUCACUCACCAAGAUCCUCUGUCCAGAAAUGAAGCUCACAUACCCAGCUGGACAAAUAACCAAGGAUUGGAGAAUCUGAAGACGACAAGUUAUUGUUUUAAUCUGUCUGUGCGGUCUGCUGAAGUUAUUUUGAUACAGUUCUUCUCCACAUGGGGUCGCCCUAUACGUAUUUUCCUUGAAUAGGUGGUUUAAAUGGCCACCUUUUCUGGACAGAAAGCACAUUUGGCUCUUAGCCAGCCCUCAUGGGUAUUUUAAGUUUUUUUUCGUAACAUUUUGUUGGAAAUCUUCCUCUGUCCUCAGCUGACCUUUGCUGCACCACUGAUGCUACAAGUCCGUGUGUACCCACACAACACACUGUUAGAUCUGUUGUCAUGAGAGAUUACUUAACCAGCACAGACCUCACUACAACCCAGUGUGCUUUAAUUUGGACAAGCAUGACAGAUUGUCAACAGCACCAUGUGUGGAGUAACAAUAGGAGCCAUAAACAACGUCAAAUGAAAGGGAGCUUUGAAGUUGUAAUUAGAUGGCAUAGUAUAAGCGCUAAUAUUUAGCACACAGUACAUUUUGGUCAAUGUAUUUUGUAGUGCACCAAAAAUAUUUGUGUAUCUUAUUAUAUUAUAUGACAACAUUAGUCAUGCCUUCUUAACAUUAUGUUUACUCUUCUGGGUCCUUUGCACCAAACCAUGAAAUAAAGUCAGCAUGGAGCAGCAUGCCAAUUUAAUAAAAGAAAGUGUUUUGCAAUGA